AUGGCCGAACUGCAGAGGACUCCAAUAGGCCCUUCGUGGACACCCUCUCAGUCGGCAAGUCCCCUGAUAAGCACAUCUAUAGGUUCCUCAACCACACCUUCAAGGAGUCAUUCGAACAGCCCGUCCACUCCAGAAAGCUCUCCAGGUGCCACGUCGUGGAACACAUCCGUCCCUUCACCUUCACAUACGCCUUCCUCAACGAGUCAAACCCCUACCACAAGAAGCUCCGGGACAACAUACUCUCGACCUGCCGGAACAAGUGUCUCUCCUACUAAUUUGGAGGCAAGGACGAGUACCACCAACUCAUCGAGAAUAUAUACUUCAAAGACAUAUACAAGCUCUACGACCUCCUCAACCACCACCAGCUCUAGUGUCUCUACCUACACAAGCUCGACUCCAUCCAGGACCAUAAUUUCAACCACAACUCUAACCUCAAACUUCAACGACAACGACAACUUCGACCAUACCCACAACGACGCCCAUUACUGCCAGUACCACCACCACAACGACAACAACUAUUACUACCACCACAACUCAUCUUCUCCACAGGACGUCAUAACGGACGGCAGCUUCGAAGACGUCUCCUUCGACUCGAUAGGAGUAUUGGACGCCGCUAGCGGCGACUGGACCGUCUCCGGGGACGCCUUUUUUGACCAGAACAGCGGGACGGAUUAUGACACGCCCGACGGUGUGAAAUUCGUGUACAUACUUCCGCGGCGUCUCCAGCACGUCCGUCUCAAGCGUCUCGCAAAACCUGACAAACCUCGUCCGAACACCUUCUACACCCUCACAUACGACUACGCCAUCCCCUACGUGGCCGACCCGCCGCCCGCCGCCGGUUUCUCCUCGUGCUCCCUGACGCUCCAGGUCGGCGACCCGUCCAACACCGACCUUGUCUACUUCUUCGGCGACACCGCGCAGCCGGCGUGGGGACACAGCGUAUCCCUGGAUUUCCUUGCCGAAUUUUCGGACCUGGUGUUCUCGCCGAUCUGGGAUUGUUCCGGCUUGGAGCCGGGAAAUGAGAUUGAUUUUGCGCUUGAUAAUGUUAUCUUCACCGGCGCGCAGGGUGUGGAGGGACCGGUGUGA